AUGGCCCACUCAGCAGGCGUGAACUUCAGCUUUAAUGAAUUCACGAGAUGCAAUACAAGCGACAUUCUGUGUGUAAAUGAUGCAACAAUAUCUGGGCAUAAAAUCCAUCUGACCAACAAAACUAUGGGCAGGGUUGUCUACAGCCACACCAUCCAGCUGUCUUCUAUUGCUAGCUUCACUACGGACAUCCGGUUUGUUAUGAAAUAUUAUAACCGGAGACCUGAUGAUCAAGGAGGAGAUGGAAUUGCUUUCUUCAUGACAUCUAAAGAAAUUGCGACAAUUUUUCACUCAGUUGAUGAAUACAGCGGUCUUCCCGGAAAUGGAUCUAUUUCAGACAACACGCUUGCUGUUGAAUUUAGUGGCUAUAAUCGCCGAGCUAAUUCCCGUGUCUAUUUUUUUGUUGGUAGCAAUCAUCCUAUUCAAACUUACAAUUAUACCCAUUUGAAUUUUAGUUUAAACGAUGGGGCAGUUGUUAUCUAUAGCUUGUUUGCCAAUCGGAAAAAGAAGAGGGCAAUGGGAAGCAGCAAUGCACAAACAUGUGAAGACAAGGAAAUAGAGAUUAGCAUGCUUGUAGAUCAGGGUCCAAGUAGAUAUAAGCUGGAGGAUCUCAAGGCCGUAACCAACAAUUUCAGUGAAACUUUAAAGCUGGGGCAAGGAGAAUUUGGAGGUGUGUACAAAGGCGUUAUAGGAGAAGCAAAUGAUGUUGUAGCUGUCAAGCGCAUCUCACAAGGGUCACGACAGGGGCUAAAAGAAUUCAUCUCUGAAAUAAGUAUUGUUAGUCGAGUAAAACAUCGAAACCUCGUUCAGCUUUUGGGAUGGUGUCAUGAGAAAGGCGAAUUACUUUUGGUGUACGAAGAUGUAAAAUCCAGCAAUGUUAUGCUUGACUGCAAUUUCAAUGCAAAGCUUGGGGACUUCGGUUUGGCACGCAUGUUUGAGCAUUAUCGUUUGUCUCAAACCACAAUGGCAGCUGGAACCCUCGGUUACCUAGCUCCUGAGUGUGUGAUCACAGGAAGAACAAGCCCUGAAUCAGAUGUUUACAGCUUCGGUGCUGAGGCCUUGGAAAUCGCUACAGGAAGGAGAGCAGUAGAUUUGAGAUUGCACGAACAUAAUAUGAGGCUUGUGGAGUGGGUAUGGGAUCUAUAUGGUCAAGAAACGAUUUUGGAAGCUGCAGAUGAGAAAUUAAAUGGGGAGUUUGAGAAGGCAGAAGUGGAACAAUUGACAGCAAUAGGGUUGUGGUGCUCUCAUCCAGAUCCAACUGCAAGACCCAAAAUGACGCAAGUGGUAAAGUUGCUGAAGCUGGAAGGUCGAGUGCCUAAUCUUCCUCGAGAAAUACCUGUACCAACAUAUGCUCCAUUUAAUGAAGCCAACCUUUCAGUUUCUUCUUCAUUUACGAUGGACACUUCCAAUAUACUCCCAUCUCUUGCUUCCACAUCUCAAUCAGGUAAUUCUUCUCAAGACUCCUCUUGA